AUGGUGGGUCGAAUUGUAAACAACGAUGUGUUAGAAAAUGGUCACACCACUGACAAAGCAGCUUUGAAACGACACGCUCCCAAAGCGCACAAAACCAUAAACACAUUUUUCUUUGCUGGAUUGAAGGAUACGGGCGGACCAGGAAGGAAAUUUACUAUCUCACCACAUAACUUCUCACUGAUAUUAGACAAGCUGGAUAAAUUCUUGCGUUACGAUCAUGCCGAAGUACUACUCGCAAUUCUAACAGAGGCUUGUUGCAACCAGUACAAGGACUGCUAA